UUUCAUUCCACAUAGUUUACAAAUCUGAAUUAAUCCUGAGACCAGUCCUCUGAGGUAGGUAUGCAAGAGCUCCGUUUUUACAGAGCGGUACCCUUACUGGCCCAUGGUUGUAUAGUCAGUCACUAGCAGAGUUAGAAUCAGGAUCCCAGGUCUCCUGACUCCUGUUCCUGUGCUCGAACCAUCGAACUCUACUUUCCGUUCUCCCACCGACACAAAUGGCAGCUGCUAAUAAAUCCCCGAUGAACUAAUGGGGGGGCAAUUAAGACCCUCUGGAUAUCUGUCUGAUUUCAGGUUAGGAGUGUGGGAGCAGCGACCAUUGGUUUCUUUCCCAGCAGAUAACUAUAUCUUCCGUCUGUCUUAUCUUAGACCGUAUUUUGAAGGCCUGUCACACUCCAGCUCUCAGACAGAAAUUGGUAGCAUCCACAGCAUCAGAAGCCAAAGAGAGCCAUCAAGUCCUGUAGAAGUGCCUGGAAAGACGACGAGCCUUGGAAGCAAACAUCCAGGCGACAGUAUCUCUGACACUGUGUCUUACGAGCCUAGCCAGCAAGACUCCCAGGAAGCAGAACUCUCCACACUGGAUGUGUUCAUUGAGAAGCUCCCACCAACUGGAAAAAUCACCAAGACAGAGUCUCUCAUUAUUCCUUCCACCAGGCCAGAAGGGAAGCAAACUGGUCGCCGUGGCAGAAGCACUUCACUGAAGGAAAGGCAGCCAGCGAGGCCACAGAAUGAGAGGGCGAACAGCCUGGACAAUGAGCGCUCUCCAGACACCAGGCACCACCUGCAGAUUCCAAGGAAAACUGUAUAUGAUCAGUUGAAUCACAUCCUGAUUUCUGAUGACCAGCUACCAGAAAAUAUUAUUCUUGUCAAUACUUCGGACUGGCAAGGCCAGUUUCUCUCCGAUGUCUUGCAAAAACAUACCCUCCCUGUGGUCUGUACAUGCUCUUCUGCUGAUGUGCAGGCGGCUUUCAGUACGAUUGUCUCCAGGAUACAGAGAUACUGUAACUGCAAUUCUCAGCCUCCAAAUCCCAUUAAAAUUGCAGUGGCCGGAGCCCAGAAUUACCUCAGUGCUGUGUUGAGGCUCUUUGUAGAACAGCUGUCUCACAAAACCCCGGACUGGCUCAGCUACAUGAGAUUUUUGAUCAUCCCACUAGGUUCUCAUCCAGUGGCGAAGUAUCUAGGCUCUGUAGAUUACAGGUACAACAACUUCUUCCAAGACUUAGCCUGGAGAGAUUUGUUUAAUAAACUUGAAGCACAGACCACUGUUCAGGAAAUACCAGAUAUUGUCUCCAGAAUAACCCAGUAUAUAGCCGGGGCAAACUGUGCACACCAGUUGCCUAUUGCAGAAGCAAUGUUGACAUACAAACAGAAAAGCCCUGAUGAAGAAUCGUCCCAGAAGUUCAUUCCCUUUGUUGGGGUGGUAAAGGUUGGAAUAGUGGAACAGUCCUCAGCAACAUCAGGUGAUUCCGAUGACGCAGCUCCCUCUAGUUCCAGUGUCCUUUCCUCUACCCCGCCUUCUGUGUCUCCUGCUGUGAAGGAAGCUUCCCCCACCCCACCUUCCUCGCCGUCUGUCACGGGCAGCUUCUCUUCCUCCAGCCAGAGCCUUGGUGCUGAGCUGAUGGGACUGCAGGUGGAUUACUGGAUUGCAGCUCAGCCCAUGGAGAAGAAGAGAGACCCGGAGAAGAAGGACACUUCCACUGCCAAAAACACACUCAAAUGCACUUUCCGGUCUCUCCAGGUCAGCAGGUUACCCACGAGUGGGGAGACCACCAGCACUCCAACGAUGUCAAUGACAGUUGUGACAAAGGAAAAGAACAAAAAGGUGAUGUUUUUGCCCAAGAAAACAAAAGACAAGGAGAUUGAGUCUAAGAGUCAAUGCAUUGAAGGAAUUAGUAGAUUGAUUUGCACAGCAAAACAUCAGCAGAAUAUGCUGCGGGUCCUAAUUGAUGGCGUAGAGUGGAACGAUGUGAAGUUCUUUCAGCUGGCAGCACAGUGGUCCUCCCAUGUCAAGCACUUUCCCAUCUGCAUAUUCGGACACUCCAAACCUAACUUCUAACCACUUUCAGCGGUGCGGCUUUCUGCCUGUAUGGAGACUGCACACGCAGGAACCAGGAAUCUGAGUGCCAACUCUGACUCAAGUCUGCUUGCUCUCUCCUGCAGAUUACUUACAGAUGCGUCUGGAUUACUUCUGAAUAACUUUUUUCUAUUAAUUCUUAAGUUUACUACAAGGGAAGGAAAUCCAUUGAACAAAACAAAAAACAGUCUUAAGCAGAAAUGUACCAAUAACAUGGAAAUUACCGGGAGAACCUCCAGAAGUGGGGUGACCUGCCGGAGAACUUAAGAGCAGAUAGCUGGAUAACUGCACUGCUUAUUAACCUGAAACCUCCUGGGUGUGUUUGUGGCUGGGUGUUCUGGAUUGGGCUUGAAUGGUUUUUGAGGGGAGAGUGGGAGGUACUGAGAGAAUGAAUUGUUUUAAAAUGUUUAACUCUGUGCCGCCCCCCUCCCCGACUUCACAUGAAGAAAGUAGAGCCUGGUUCAUCACCAGAUAGUUCAGGUACCAAGAAUGUGAAGUACAUUGCGCUGUCUGCCAAAAACCAAGCUAAUAACUGAGGGAAACCCCAGGAUUCUCCACAGGUGAAGAAACGCCAGAGGGUCACUGUUUUAAGGCCAGCUACUGAAAUGGGCAGGCAUGUUCACUCUCGUGCCUGAUUCAGGUUGGGCAGAGACUGAAAUACAAAGUAUGAAAUGUCUGUUUGAGGAAUCCCAUUGCUCCAAGUCCAUCCCAAUAACCCAACCAAGUCAGUCACAACACCCCCUGCAGCCCGGAGCUGGAUUUGAAGGACACCAGUUCAGUGGGGUUGUUGCUAUUUAGAUUUUCACACAGAUUAUGGACAUCAAUAAAACCUUGCCCGGCCUCUCAAGAGAA